ACUUCACCACAUAGUUUAGAUCAUAAGUAGUUAAGCAUGUGGAAGUGGGUGUACAUAGCAGCAACCUUCGUUAGCUACUGCACGGGGCUGAUAUUCGCAGACAGUUCAGCAUCAGCUUACGCAACUGCUUCAGCCAUAGUCAGUAUUUGCGGAAAAAACGAAAGAUCGGUGAAAUGUCCUGAGACUCUUUGUGUACCCCUGAGUUGCAAACAAGCUGGGUUCCCCGUUCCCUGUCCUUUAGUAGGGCCAGGUGGACCAUGCAAUAAGCCUGCUGAAUGCAUAUGUAUCGAUGGGUACCUACGAAACAACAAAGGAGUCUGCGUGCCGAAGCUACAAUGCCCGUCCUGUGGAGGAGAUGUAAAUGCGAGACCAGGUUGCGGCUUCCAGUGUGAACGUCGACGUUGUGAUAGAAAUAUUUUAACUGAUUCAAACCCAUGCCCUUGUGACCAGAAUGGAUGUGUGUGCAAAGGGGGCUAUGGUUAUGAUGACGUACAAAGAAAAUGCGUUUUACCGCAGCAAUGCUCUAAACCCAAGGAGAAUGAGGUUUUUUCUCCUUGUGGGGACUUUGGUUGCGAUAAACGAAAUUGCACUCAGAUUGAUCAGCCCGAUAUCUGCAUAGAUCCUAUCGAGUGUUUCGGCGGUUACGUUUGCAUCGAAGGUUAUUUGCGAGCACAGAACGGUACCUGCAUCCCCAGAGACCAAUGUUACGAUGAUUUAUGUCCAAAACCGAAUGAGUACUACGAUUCCUGCCCGGGCUCUUGUCCCGCGAGGACAUGUGGUAUCGACGAUCGACUGCUCGACUGUGUUCCCGAACUUGAGCCUGGUGACCCUGACUGCCCCGCACCAGCUUGCCGUUGCGAGCGUGGUUACUAUAGGGACAAUAACGGUAACUGCGUAGUUUGGGAAGACUGCCCCGGCAACACGACCCCUAAAGUACCAGUAAAAUGCUCUGAUGAUGUCUUAGAGUUACUACAAUACGGAAACGCUAUAUUUACUGCAAAAUUCCUUUACGAAGCCUACAAAACAUCUUUUAAAAAAAGUUUGAUAAUGUCGCCCUUAUCUGUCUUCGUACCCAUGGGUGAAUUGGCUCUCUAUUCUGAAGGGGAAACUUAUGUACAACUUAUGAAAGCAUUGAACCUACGAACCAAAAACGAUAUCAGAUGCGUCUUCCCGACUUUGACAAACAAUUUAAAAUCCGACAAAGAUGUGAUACUUACGAUGGCAGCCCGGAUAUUUUCUACUGAUGAUUAUCCUCUUUCACAAAACUUUUUGGAUGACACGAAAAAUGUAUUUGGUGCUGAAGCAGAGAGCUUAGAUUUUAAUAAUGCUCAAAACGCAGCUGAUAGAAUUAAUGCAUGGGUCGCCGAUAAUACUAACAACCGCAUAAAAAACAUCGCUUCACCGCAAAUGUUUGACGAGUAUACAAGGCUGGUCCUCGCAAAUGCCAUCUUCUUUUUGGGCAACUGGGUGCGUCAAUUCAAUCCAAACAAUACCGAGAAUCGUCCAUUCUACACGGCUAAUAAUAAAUCAGAAGAAAUUCCGACUAUGUACCAAGAAAGCAAUUUUAAAUAUCGAGAAGAUGGUGACCUAGAUUGUAAGGUAUUAGAAAUGCCUUACAAAGGAGGAGACUUCUCAUUUGUCGUAUUUUUGCCAAAUGCUGUAGAUGGUCUCUAUGCUUUAAUAGAAAAACUGCUAGAACCAAAAGCAUUCUACAGUGCAUACAAUGCCACUUCUUAUAGGAAAGUUAAUGUUUACUUACCAAAAAUCAAAGUUGAAUCUGAAUAUAAUCUAGGAGAUAUUAUGCAAAAGAUAGGAAUCACAGAUAUAUUUGACGGAAGAAAAUCCAACUUGACUGGCAUUUUACAAAAAUAUGAACCACUAAAUGUAUCUACUGCGGUGCAAAAAGCCUUUGUGGAAGUUGAUGAAACUGGUACAGAAGCGGCGGCUGCCAACAUAUUCAUCGUAGGAACGACUUCAGCAGAAUACCCCGUUAACAACUUCGAUGCAAAUCAUGGUUUUGUUUUCUACAUUAUGUAUAAGGACAUGCCUAUUUUCUGUGGUACUUUUGAAAACUAAGGUGAGCAAUCGCAUAGGCUGAGAGUGAAUAAUAUGUCCAAUCUUUUAUUGUUAUAUCGAAUUGUAUCCACAUCAUGAUUUUGAAUAAUUAUAGUUUUGGUCAGAU